AAAUCGUUUUCCACACCCCCUAGAUUUACGCAACAGACUUCAUAGUGCCUGUGGUAGUGCUGGCCCUCCAUUUCGUGGUCUAGGGCUCGCAAGAUUUGAGAAGUGCGUGUUCGCUUGAUUGAAAAAAGGUUUUGUUUCCAGUGAAAUAUGUUGCGUCUUGUAGCCGGGCGCGUUGGUUCAGUGUUGAGGAGUUCAGCAGCUCCUCGAGCAGCGGUUGUUGGACUUCCAAACACACGGGCCUCUCAUGAUGGGCCAACUGAAUCAGACGAAGUUUUCGAUGCCAGAUACGAGGCCUUUUUCAAUCGGCCCGACAUCGAUCACUGGGAAAUUCGCAAGGCGAUGAAUGAUCUUGCUGGUAUGGAUCUUGUACCUGAGCCAAAGAUCAUCAUCGCUGCAUUGAAAGCGUGUCGUCGACUGAACGACUACUCCUUAGCAGUAAGAUACAUUGAAUCAGUCAAGGAAAAAUGUGGUCCCCAUGUGAAGGUGAUUUAUCCGUAUAUAAUUGAACAAAUAAAGCCAACUCUAGAAGAGUUGGGCAUCGAUACACCUGAAGAAUUGGGAUACGACAAGCCAGAAUUGGCACUGGAAUCUGUAUAUGACAUCCACUAACUACGAAUAAGUCAUUGCUAGUCCUAAUGCAUAGAAAUUUCCAACUGAUGCUUCAGAAGUUGAAAUAAAAAAAUUUUCAUAAUGAAAAAAUGUACAGUAUGAAACAUAUGCAAUAAAUCACCAUUCAAACUA